AUGAAGUUCUCGCUCGCUGUGUUGGCACUCCCAAUCGCCGUCCAGGCUGCGCAAUUCUCCAAGUCGGAGUAUGCCUCUGGUGCAAUUCAUCAGAAGUUGAUGAAGUUGAAGGCUGACCAAUGGGAUCAUGACGCAGCCGAAGGCAAGCAAGACUCUCGUCAAUGGAAGUCUUGGAAGAGCUGGAAGAAGGGUUCUUGGGGAAGUGGCAAGGAUAAACGCAUCAAGUGCAAGGAUGGUCUCGCCGUCGUCGAGCAAGGCAAUGCGAACCAGACGUUCAGGUGUAACAACAUGGAUCUCUACGACUUCGUCAACCAUGCCGACAUGGGCGGCCCUGAAGGCCAGGGAAGUUCUUCUUGGGGCUGGACAGCCCGCAACGGCCGCGAGUUCGGUAUCGUCGGCCAAUUUUCAGGUGCUGCGUUCGUUGAGAUCCUCAAGGACGGCCAGAUUCAGUACAUGGGUCGUCUUCCUGCGCAAAGCGUAGGUUCGCGAUGGCGCGAGAUCCGCGUGCUGAACGAUUACGUUAUCAUCGGUUCUGAGGCUGUUGGCCACAACGUCCAGAUCUUCGACAUGAAGAAGCUUCUCGAUGUUAGCCCCGACAGCCCGAAGACCUUUGACCCGAAGACCGAUCUUGUUGGCUUGUGGGAUGAGUUGCCCAUCGGACGUACCCACAACGUGGUUAUUGAUUGGGACAACGAGUACAUCCUCGCCGUCGGUGCCCAGCCCCGAAACCAGACCUGCAAGGCCGGUCUCCAGUACAUCGAUCUUGCCAACCCUGGCAAGCCUACUUCUCCCGGCUGUGCCAGCCAGGACGGAUACGUACACGAUGCUCAGUGUGUCACCUACAACGGUCCUGACCGAAAGUUUCGCGGUCGCAACAUCUGCAUUGGCUACAACGAGGACACCGUCACCGUCUACGACUCCACCAUGAAGAACGGCAACCCUGCAUCUGAGGUCAUCUCGACUCUCUCCUACCCCGGCGCUACCUACUGCCAUCAAGGAUGGUGGACUGAGCGCAACUGGCACCAAUACGUCCUCUUGAACGAUGAGCUCGAUGAGCAAGAGGCCGUCGGUCCAGCUGCAUCCGGCCGCCCUGUCACCCACAUCAUCGAUUUCACCGACCUCCGCAACCCCAAGGCUACCGGUACUUUCUACGCCACCGACAGCAAGGGCAUCGACCACAACCUCUACAUCGUCGAUGGCCUUGCCUACCAGAGCAACUACGGUGCUGGUAUCUGGGUACACGAUGUUCGCAGCAUCAGCAAGGACCCUACUGGAAAGAGCGUCAAGACUGAGGGUUUCUUCGACAUUUACCCUGAGGACGACUCUGUUGGUGGUAUCGUUCAAUUUGUUGGAACCUGGUCGCACUUCCUGUUCCCCUCUGGAUACAUCCUAGUCAACACCAUUGAGCGUGGUGCAUUCACUGUCAAGCUCGCUAGUGGUCGCGGAGCUAAGCGCGGCCCAGGCCACGGCGGUAAGUCCAAGGGCAAGGGCAGGUGA